AGCAGCUCUCGCCCUGUAUCUCUGUGGGCAGGUGCCAAUGCCAUGCCCCCGCCCUGACGUGCCACGGAUCCUCCCUUUGCCCGCCCGCUCCGAGCCCCAGCCCUGCCCAGUGCCGUAGCCCCCUGGCCAUGGGGUGGGGUUUCUUGCCCCGGGGAGCAAAGGAAUGAAGGAGCAGAAAUAUAAAUUGUGGGGAGACACAAAAGCCCAUUGGGGCGAAAGGGCAGCGCUCUUGGCUCUGACCACGUGUUACCAGCUGAGCCCGUCUUGUUUUCCUCCAGUGCCCUGAAGAGCGUAACUAUGGGGAAGAAAGGGGACCGGGGGGCCAAGGAUAAAGUGGCUGGCGCGAGCCUUGAGGAGGAAGGAAAGAACGCGGCUAAAAGGACUGACCAACAUGGUGAAGAGGAAUACCAGUGCACCGGCCUCCUGGAGCAGGAUUUCAAUGAGCUGUGCUGCCGCGCCGGACUCACCAAAAUCCCCAAGGUCACAGUUAGGCUGCAAUCUGUCUGUAACCUCUUCCUGCCAGAAGUCUCCCUCGGGCUUGGUGCCCUUGCCUCCGAGUGACAGAUUGGCUCCCUGCCUGGCAGAGGAAAGCGACACACUGGCCGAGAAGGAGGUCCCAGCCAACCUCACCCAGAUCCAGAGCAAGUACGCCUACUUCCAUCCCUGCAUCCAGACCGAGCUGGAGCAUGACGACCCCAAGAGCACCCGUGAGAUCUUCCUGCGAGGCUGGAAAAUCGAAGAGAGAAUGCUGGCUGUUUUCAGCAAGUGUCUGCCUGCCCUUGCCAACCUGCAGGCUGUUCACCUCUGGAAGGUCGGCCUGACGGAUCUCUCGCUCCUCUCUCUGAUCGCUAUCCUACCAAACUGCCCCAAUCUCAAGACACUAACGCUGGAGGGGAACCCGUUAGCAGAGGGGUCCUUCUACAGGCUGAUCGGAGAGGAGAGCACGCUGGCUCACGUGUCACUGAGAAACAACAACAUCGGCAAUGCCGACGCCAAGCUGAUCGGCCAAGCCCUCUCCACGCUGAAGUCCUCCAACAAGAGCUUGGUCUCGCUGAUCCUCAGCUUCAAUCACAUCUCAGACUUGGGAGCAGGCUACAUCGCAGAGGGCUUGCGGUUGAAUCGCUCUCUGCUGUGCCUGUCUCUGGCACACAAUCAGAUCGGAGACCAGGGAACACUCAAGCUCGCAGAGGUUCUGGGACCUUUCGCUUUAACUCACACCGAAGUCGUGGAAAGGAGGCGACUUUUACUGGAGAAAGAAUCCCAGGAGCGGUCCCGGUCGCCUCUGAGACAUGCUGAUGCCAAAAGCAGCGAGCGUCCCUCCAGCCUCGUCAGCAACACCACCAUCGACAAGCUGCAGUCAGCCAAACAGAGCAAGAGCGGGUCCAAGAAAAAGGAGCCUUUGAAGAAAGAGGAGAAAGCUCAGGCCAAUACUGCAGGUGGCGGUGGGGUCGUGGGCGGCCCAGCCUUUGUGCCCGCAAAGAAGGAGGAUGCUAAACAAGCCAAGAAAAGUGUGUCCCUCCCUCUAGUGGUUUCCACCCCGGAGCAAAAAGUUGUUCGAGGCAAAGGAACCAAAUCGGGCGCCAAGGAGAAGCGCAGUCUGCUGCCGGAGUUGGAGGUGGUGGAGCCCACCGAGAUCGUGAACCCACUGCUGGAACAGGCCGAGCACCGCGACGGGAAGGUCUUCCUGCCAGGCAACCGUGUGCUCAUCAACUUAAACCUCACCUGGAACCAGAUCACAGAGCAGGGCCUGAAAGCGUUCCUGGCAGCCAUGGAGAGCCAGCAGCAGGCCAGCAAGUCCACGGCUGGGGUCAAGUCGCAGACGGGCCUGCUGCGGCUGUCUCUGGGGAAAAACCGCUUCCCUCCUGACAGCAAGACCUUUGCCAAGCUCCAGGAGCUGAUGCUGCCGCGCGACCCCACCUACAGCCAGCUGUCCAAGGCGCCGGAUGAGGAGCUGGCUGUGCCCAGCUAGGGGUGGAGGGGCAAAAGCCUCCACUUGCUCGAGAGCAGAAGAGUCCCAUGGACCUGGAGAGCGCUGGGGCAGCCUUGUGUGGGAUUUCUGAUCCCCUCCGCCUCUGACCCAGCCCAGCCUGUAACCGUUCCCGCCUCCCAUUAAAUAGUUUUGACACAGCCUGCUCUGGGGUGGAGCAUUAACUUCAAGGGGUGGGGGGCUGGGGCCCUCUACACCCACUGGAAUUCAGGCUCUUUUUCCACAGCCAGGGCCCCUUCCUCACGCAGGAGGGCUCCAUCCACGCAGGGGCUGUGGCAACAGGGAGGAAGCUCUGAGGGAAGGCCUACCUGGGUCUCCAGGGUCAGAGGCAGUGACCCCAUAACUGAAUGGUCCCAAGAGCGCUGUGCUGGCUGGAGCGGUGAGCCCCCAUCCUCCCCCAGGACACUUGCUAACCUCUCCUCUCCCGCUUUCCCAGCCCGAGGCCCUGCAGGGCAUGUUGCAGCGCCCACACCAGGGGAACCGGUGCUGGGAGCAGAAGGGAGCACGGGCGGGCUCCCAGGGCCUGUCCUCACUUGCACGGCUACUGCUCAGUGUAGACACGGCCCAGCAAAUCCACCUCCCCGAGAGGUGCUGGCUGCACGGGCCUGAGUGCAGCCGCCCCAAGUCACUCUGGGCUGUGGAUUUUUCACCCCGAAGUGAUGGAGCUGGGCCAAUCAAGUCAUGUCAACUAGCCCUGAGACAUCCCCGCCGGGGGACUGGGAGAGCUGGGGGUUAAGGACACGUCAGCCAUUUUGCUCAUUUAACGCGGGGGCCUGAUUCCGCUCCCAGCAGCAGCAUUGGGCAGGGCGGGGCCCACAACCCACCGCGCCCCGUUCUCUGCUCCAGCCAUGACACUCGUACCCUGGCAGCAUCGCCGUGUGGCAUCGCCGUGGAGAACAGCUGCCAGGGCUACAGGCAGAACCUGGCUGGCAGAACUAACAGGCCAGCGAAGAGGGGGGCUGGGAAGAGAUG